AUGCCCGCCUCACGUCACCAACAAAUCACUGCCAGACUGCCCACUUUGGCCACCCUGCCCCCUCUAAAUCCCACGCUACCAGACGCUUGUCCGCGACCUUAUCCUCACCGCCGGUCACUAGCGGCGCUCGCCUAUCGUCCCGCUAACUACUACAGUGCAGCAAAAGUCUCCCCAACCUAUCCUCUUACUGCUUCCCAAGUAGAUUCUACGAAUGCAGACACUCAGCUCAACGAGGUUUGUGGCAUUCGGGUCCCCUCGCUCUAUUCAGCAGCUCGUACAGCUCUCUACACUCGCUACACUCCGAGGAACUGGUUCGACAGCUAUAACCGCCUUUUGCAAGCAAAUGACCUAGCACAAAAGAACUCGGAUUGCCUAGCUCACGACUCGAAGAGGUUGGAGGAGGAACUGGCGGACAGAGCUAAGACCAAUCAAAAUGUAUCAACACGGAGGUUGGGCGAUCGGAUCUGUGAUACGGCCUUUUGGCAGAGUGAAGUGGACUCCGAAAUAGCAAAGAUGAAACAGGAGAUUGACGAUCAAAUUCGCGCCCGUCGAGUGACAGAGAAGCUAUUGGCAGAGACGGAGAAUCAUCUGCAUGUGACACAGGAGUGCUUGUACAAUAGAGAGAAGAGGCAGUGCACAGAUUUGGUUCAUGAUGACGUGGAAAAGAGACUCAUUGAGGAAGUCAACACGGUUAGGUGUAUCCAGGAUGAACUUCGAAGUCUUAUUGACGACGCAAAAACCCAGGAACAACUGAACAGGGCUGCGUUGCACGACUUAGAGGUGGACAAAGCUAGGAAAUUUAGGGCCAUUCAGUUGGACGAGAGCGCCCAUUCAAUGCACAACAGUUCGGCUCAUAUCAGCUACUACGAGGGUGUGGAGUGCAUCGACCAAACCCAAUCAGUGCCGGAGACAUGGAACAAGCAAGUGUCUGAUCUCAUACAGCGCAGCCAGUCAGAACGUGCAGCAAGUCGAAUGCUGCGUGAACGCAUCGCAAAGGGGAUCGCACACGCCAGCAAGACCCUAUCGGACAUCUGGGAGGUUGUUAACGCUGCAUUUGCUCAACGUAUCCGAGAAUUCACUGAUGCUCGUAAUCAGCUGCAGGCUUCGCUUGGGAAGACACUGCAAGCAAUCUUUGACACGGAAAAGGAGAUUGAGGACCUGAAGAAGGCCAUCAAGGAUAAAGAGGAGUACCUUAAGACGGCGACGUCUCGUCUGAACACGCGUCUACUGAGACCCGGGGUGGAGAAUUGUCGUGAUCCGGCGAUGGUACAUCUAAUUUGUGAGGUGAAGCAGCUAAAGGCGGCCAUCGAAGAGCUGACAAAACAGUUGCGACGAGCUGAGGGUGUGCUUCAGGAGCUUCUGCAUUUGAGGACUGCAAAGGAGGGCGAACUGGCCUGCAAGAACAACAGCCUCUUCAUCGACCGGGAGUGUUGCCUUGCCCUGCGCACACAGUGGCCGGGUGGACCGACAGCGGGCGCAGCGAACGCCAUUCCCUGUCCUGGCAACAUUGUCUCCUCGGUGCAAGUUUGCACUUGCAACUAUCAGAACUCGUGUGUGGUGUGCCACGUCGACGUGUGUAUCAUUCCAACUCCUACAAUGAUUAUAACAAAAAAGACGGGUAAAGAGGGCUCCAAGAGCCAAAAAACAAUCCACUUUGAUAAUUUGUGUACAAUUGGAUUCUACAGGAAUAUCAUCUUGGGUGUUACGAGUUUAUACUUCCUCAUUACGUACCUCUUUUUCUGGGAUCGUUUCACGGCGCGUUACAUUGUUCUCUCCUCUCUUUGCUUCAUCGCAAACCUCUCUGCCUACCAAUUCAUGUCGUACCUCGCCACACCCCGCUAUGAAAAUGACGAACGCGGGAAUAGUCGAUUAGUUGAUGCCGGUUUUGACUUGAACAUUGGCCCCGGUAGCCUUGCUGAGCAUGCGAAAGACCUCAUCCUGACCUGCUCCUUGGUACAGGGCUUAACCCUUCUUCACAACGGCUUUUGGUUUCUACUUCUUUCCAUUCCUGGUCGCGUGUGCUACCUCUUCUGGGCGCACAUCCUAGCCCCGUGGAUAUUCGAUCCCAACCAGUCGCCGCAGAUAAGUGAGAAGAAGCAGAAAAAACAGGAACGUCGGUUGAAGCGAAUGCAGAAUGCGGGACGAUGA